AAAAUACCAAGAAACAGACUGUAUAAAGUGUAAAAGCAAUAUCGACUUAAAACAGUAAUACAAAGUUUACUACACCAACAUAUAUUACUGAUUAUUCCAAAAUUGUGGACUUAUUAUGGCUUCAAAAUCUCAAGAGGAACAGCAAACAAAGGAUGCAUACUCACGCCUAAAUAGCUAUAUCAGAACAGACAGACAGAAUGUCAACCCACAUUUUUUAAACCUCUUCAUAGAAGAGAAGAUUAGAACAAAUGAACUAGAUUUCUCAUCAUUCAAAGGGAAGGAAUGUAUCGAACAUACAAUUCAAAAAAAUCGUGAAGAUAUUCUUAGUAGUAUAUUUAAACAAAAUGUUGAACUCAUAGAACAACAAUUAAAAAUCAAAGAAUUUACAAAAUACACUCUAACACCACUGCAGCUAAGCACAUACUUUAAUGCUACAGAGUGUUUGAAAAUCCUAAUUCAGAAUGGAGCUGAUUUUGAAGCUUGUGAUGAAGGUGGAAACACAGCAUUGUUACAUGCUUGUCAUGAUGGAAACACUGAGGUUGCUGAGGUUCUGGUGAAGCAUGGAGCUGAUGUGAAUUGUACUGAUAUCCUAUGGAGAACGCCACUGAUGUUAUGUCAAAAUGGAAACCUUUGUCAGUUAUUAUUGGACCAUAAAGCUGAUAUUGAAGCUACUGACGAUGAUGGAAAUACAGCAUUGCUACAUGCUUGUGAUGAAGGAGACCCUGAGGUUGCUGAGGUUCUCAUUAAACAUAGAGCUAAUACAAAUUGUUCCGAUAGCAAAAGAAAAACACCACUAAUGUAUUGUCAAAGUGGAAACAUUUGUAAGUUAUUAUUGGACCAUAAAGCUGAUACUGAAGCUUGUGAUCAUUAUGGAAAUACAGCAUUGUUACUUGCUUGUAGUGAAGGAAGCAAUGAAGUUGCUGAGGUUCUCAUUAAACAUAGAGCUGAUGUGAAUUGUUUUGAUAUUGGAAGUAUAACACCACUGAUGUCAUGUCAAAAUAAAAACCUUUGUCAGUUAUUAUUGGACCAUCAAGCUGAUAUUGAAGCUCGUGACGAAGAUGGACACACAGCAUUGUCACAUGCUUGUAAUAGUGGACGCACCGAGGUUGCUGAGGUUCUGGUUAGACAUGGAGCUGAUGUUAAUUGUUCUAAUAUCCGAGAAAGAACACCACUGAUGUUAUGUCAAAAUGAAAAAAACAUUUGUCAGUUAUUAUUAGACAAUAAAGCUGAUAUUGAAGCUUGUGAUAAAGACGGAAACACAGCAUUGGUAUAUGCUUGUAUGAAAGGAUGCACUGCGGUUGCUGAGGUUCUGUUGAAAAAUGGAGCUGAUGUGAAUUGUUCUGAUAGUGAAGGAAGAACACCACUGAUGAUCGAGUAUAAGUGCAUAAGUGAUGCUUCUAAGCGAAUGAUAAUGAAAACUUUAGUGGUUAAUGGUUCAAGUGUUAAUGCAACUGACAAAUGGGGUCAAACUCCUUUAUAUCAUACUCUUGACCAUAUGGGAACAGACCAUCAGGAUGUAGAGGGAAUUAUUGAUGAUCUGCUAAAUGCUGGUGCUUCAGAGCUUUACUCUCCUAAACAAACUGUGAGCUUGCUGACAACCUUGAUAGAGAAGAAUUUUAAAAUCCCCAUCAACACCCUUCUCAGUAGAGUCUAUGUCCAUGUGAAUUGUAAAGAUUCUAGGGGCCAAACUCCAUUGAUGAUAUUUGCAAGAGAUGGAAAUACUGAUUUCAUGGAGAAAACAAUAAACCAUGGAGCAUUGCUGGAUGACACUGACCUAAAUGGCAAGAAUGCUUUGAUGUAUGGAAGUAUGCCGAAACACCAAUGUUCUGCUGUUAUAAGACUGAUAGCUGCUGGGGCUGACGUCAACAUAACUGACCAAGAUGGCAUAAAUGCUCUUAUGUUUACCUGCAAGAGUGGCUGUUACAACUGUAGUGAGCAAGUUCUUGCCAAAGGAGUUGAUAUCAAUGCAAGAACAAUCCGUGGUCAGACUGCAAUGUCAUAUGCCCUGACAAAUUUUCCGAUGCGUAAACUAGAGCGAGGAUCAUUUAGCAAUACCAGAGAUUUAGUCAAGCUCCUCCUAGUGAAAGGUGCAACUUUAGACUUAUGUAAAAUACCAAGUGGUGUCAUAAGCGACGUCAAAAUGUACUACAGAUUUUAUGAAUACAUCAUAUUCCUCUAUACCAUGCUACACCAAUACAGCUGCCGGCAAUGUGUGUUCAGACUAGUCAGUGAAAUCAGAUUGAUUCUGACAAACAACCACGCCGAUAUUGACCAGUUCAGUGUCAUUACAAACAAUAAAGUAAAUUACAUCAUGUCGAUUCUCCAAACCCCAGAUGAGGAUAUAGCAAAGAUUUAUAGCACAGCCUUUAAGUGUCUCCUGCAGCAAUACCCCAGGGAAAUCAGGCUUGAGCAUAUAGCAGCAAUGGCCGUUAGAGAAGCAUAUGGUAUUGACCAUCUCGCAGCAUUGGUUGAGAGAGGAGAUUUUCCAAGGCCUAUAUAUGACAUAUUUGUAGACAUUGUAUCUCCUCAGAAACUUACUUAUGCCUUGUAGACUGUGUAAAUGCUCAAUGACUACUCAA